AUGGAUCACGAUUCGUUCCGAGCCUUCAAAGCGAAGACUGAGUUUUUUGAUGAAUUGAUAGUGUAUGUGAUACUACACUUUGAUACUACACUUUGUGGUAUCACAUACACUAUGAAAUCAUCGAUUAGCAAGCGAGAAGAAAAAAGACAAUGUAUAGAGGACUAA